GUCUGCUCGUAUUCUGCUUGCAACGAGUCAGUCUGACCAGGAAGUGACCGCCCAACCUGGCACCAUCUAGACUAAAGUGUGGCGUUCACAAAUCCGACUCGCGGCCAGACUCGACAAGUUGUCACGAUAAGACGCGCUCUGAAAGCGUCGAUUUCCGUGGAUAAGAACGGAAUUCGGAUCUUGCUGCCGAAAUUCACUGUGUUGGUACAAAUCUACGAAAUUUUUAUCUUCAACUCCGAUUAUCGCUAUGAAUUCUCUACCUGCACAACUGCUACAUAUCUCGUGUCCUGUUCUGCCGGUACCACCAUCAUGGUUUCCGGGACACAUGAACAGAUUUACAAAGCAGCUGCCUUCAAUGUUGUCCCGUACACAUGUUGUCCUCGAAGUCAGAGAUGCUAGGCUUCCUCUGACAAGUAUCAAUCGUAAACUUCAAGAUAUGCUCCAAGAGUGGAGAGACAAGGCGCGAAUGAGCAACCGAAUGUUCCAACACGUUAUCCUUCUGAACAAGGCGGACCGUGUCCCCGAGUGGGGUAUCCCACCAUUCCUGUCGGUGAUGCAAGACAAAUAUCCGGAACAAGAUUUUUAUUUCACCUCACUGAAGGAGACCUCUGACCUCAAGCGGAUAUACCGGAUACUCUCUGACCUAGGCAAGCACUACCGAUGGUUCGAAGGCAUGAACGUUCUCAUUGUCGGCAUGCCGAAUGUGGGUAAAUCAUCAUUACUAAACGCUCUCCGCAACACGGGGAUUAAAGGGCGAACGCCCAAAGCCGUGCGAACGGGGGCUAACCCUGGAGUAACGGUAUCCUUGUCCAACAGGAUAAAAAUCUUUGAGAAUCCUCUCGUGUACGCCUUUGACUCACCCGGAAUGAUGUUACCAUUCCUGGGCCACGGACCAGCAGGCGCCGAGCGCGGUGCUAAGCUCGCUUUGAUUGCGGGGAUCAAAGAAGGUCUAUACCAAACUGAAACGCUCGCUGAAUAUCUCCUGUACAAACUUAAUAUCCUGAAUUCCAUCUCGCCGAACUAUUUAUCCGUCCUGCCAUCAGGAUCAAAACCGACGGCGGACGUGUGGGAAUUCCUUUCGUUGCUAGCUAAGCGAAUGGGGAUGCUUGCCGGACGCGGGGAAUAUGAUUUACAGCGAGCGGCAAUGUUUUUCAUUGACUGGUGGCGUAACAAAGGCGGUCUAGCAGAACAUUCCGACGUGGGAUCUUAUGGAUGGGGUUUUGACUUCCAAUGGACCGUUCCUGCGGGCGAAAAGAGAGAUCUACGACAAUUGAUGGAAACGAGUCUUGCGCAGUUUGAUGCCCAGGUUGAGCUGGAGGAGCAGGAAGGUAACAUGAUAAGUGAUACGCAGAAGGAGAAAACUGCAGUGGAGGAAAGGAAAAAGCAGAAAUUGAAGAAAAUUAUGGAGCAGGAUAAGGAUCAACGGUCGAGGAGACUAUUCACAAAGCCACGGCGCCGUCGAUAGCUCAUGCACGAUCGGUAGGAUUCAUUGAAGAUGUCCUGUUUGUGCAUUUGUAUUCUGUCGUUUCCCAGAACUUGGCCAAGUGCGCCAUCCUUCAUUGAUAUCACGAGGAACCCUGAUUCGCUCUCCUGCAGACCUAUUCAAUAAUUUAAGUUGCAAGAACCGACUGUGCGGUACAGUUUCAGCUCUCAGCAGUAAAAUGAAUCACCAUGUGUUAUACCGAAGCAAGCUUCCUUUCCUGGUGCAGUAGCAGCCGAAAUCCUGGCGUUCCUCUAUGUUCCUUGUCCAAUCCGAG